CGCGUUUCACAUGGGGCUGGGUUGCUGUUCGGAAGCGAUCGAUUUGGCGGCUUUCUGAAACGGACUUUUUGGACAUCCCUUCAACGAUUGCACGCCUCCUAAGAGAGGUGACGUAUAGUCCUUUCCUCGGGCCACACAAAUCCUUCAAACGCGAUGGGUCUGUACAGCACGUUUGACCUGCAACCGCCACCACCACCAACCGCAUUCUCUCGUUUAAACAGCCCGUCGCGGGCCACGAUCCCCGAUUUCCUCGCGCUCUAUCCCAAUGACCCAGCACAGCAAGCGAUCGCUUUUCGAGCAUGGGUCCGCCGAGUGUUCUUCUGGGAGUUCACCCAAAUCCAUGGCUUCUUCCCGCAAUUAAAAGCUUGCGGCGGCCUCAUCGCCGGCCUGGUUGUUUUUGUGCUCUUCAUCAUUGGCAAGCGCCUGCACGAGAAGAGUUUCUGGAUGGUCCGCUUUGCGCAAAAGCGUGAGGGUGUCAUCAUCAUCCCGAAUGCCGUCAGCUGCUUCACGGUGAUGGAGGGGAUUUACUGCAUUCUUGCCAUUGCUUUGUGCUUCAUGUUUGACGAAUUUUAUGAGCAUGGUCAAACUCCGAAAUGCAUCAUGCUGUGGAUCACCACGCCCUGGAUCAGUCUCCUUUGGGGAGCUGCCUACUCGGGUUGGGGUGCGCUACUUGCCGCACCAGAAGGCGAUACCUAUGGAUCCGGCCCAUGGUCGCUAAGAUCGAUCGCCAAACGUCCCCUUCUGGCCAAUGUGAUCUGCCUGGCGCUGCCUCUCCUUCAAAGCAUUUCUAUUCUUGUCCCUGCGAUCAUUGCUCACGUCAAGCAGGAAGCGGCGCUGUCUUCGUAUCUUGACUGGGAACAGCGCUACGCGGAAGUAACCGAGCUCAGCAGAGAGUUCGUCCUCGAAGGGCAAACGAUUUUCCACGACUCAAUCGAAGCAACCUAUUAUGCCGACGUCACCUUCACUCUCUGGACCUGCUGGGCUGGUUUGUUUUUUGUCGUCUUCACCAGGAUCGUCUACUGUCUCUUCCUCGAUAUCUUGCGGCACGCCAAGCUGCUCAAUUCAAACUAUGUCCGCCACGAGCCAUCCAGCUGGAAGACAUGCAUGAACCGCACUUCGCAGGCUGUGAAGCCACAAAGCCUGCUCUUGCGAAUGGCAGGGGAAGAGAAGGCGGCACAAAAGUGCAUGGAAAGCAUGCCUCCCAUCAACGAGGACACAGAUGGCGAUGUCUUUCACCCCAAAGGCUACGCCGAAGAGGGUAUCUCAUUAAAUCAUAUACGUUCUCCGGACGAAGUGUCUGGGUCCGGCACGAGAGCCGCCUCGCCGCGGUCUUGUCAGCCUGUGAACCCGGCAAUCGAGCAGUUUGUGGAUGAGCUGCACGUUGGGCAAGAGACUUGGCACAUCUUUUCGACACGGGAAGUGGCGGAGGACUUGCCCCAUGCAAGCUUUUUCCCACCCGUGAAGCCGUCCAGGGUGCUUCCAUUCGCUCGUCCGCUCACAGAAUCUUGCAGUCGCUCGCAGCAUGCGCGCCUGUUCCGUCGCCUGGUCCUCUCGUUCGGGUUACAAUUCGGCGGCAUCUGCUUGGCCACCCUCACAUACAUGGGCACCGCGCUGUACCUCGCUAUCGAGCUCUACGCGUCCGCAGAAGCCAACGACAUUGGAAACACAUACGGAGGCGCUCUCAUCGCCGCCAUGUGGGCUGCCGUUUUUUUUGGCUCCAUCACGCUCUUUGCCAUCGCAUUCCGUAGCCUCGAGUGCGCCGUUCUUGUCACUGGCAUGAGCGUGGCCACGAGCGAACAGCUGCAUGACCCUCUGAGUGAAGUCACAAAAGGGCCAACACGGACAAACUCGGCUAACUACAAGAGUGGCCAGUCUGGUGGAAAGAGCGGUAGCAAACGAUUCACGCGGGCGACACAGAAGGCAACGGAGCUUGCCGUUGAUCGAACGUUCACCGGCAAUGAGAUAUAGAUGCAGAACGAACACUUGCAUUUCCAUUAACCCAAUUCCCCUUACCGCAAGUAGGCAAGCAGCAUCGCCGCUCGAUCGCCAUGCGCGCACCGAGCGGCAAAGGAGGCGGUCAAAAAUUCUCCGACGCGACCACAUAUGU